AUGGUGACAUUUUUUUUAUUUCCUAAAGAUAAAUUAUUUUUUUAUGUGAAAAAUAAAUAUAAUUAUUGGUUAUUCAAAAGAAACUUUUUACAAUGUAAUAAGUAUCACACAAAUAUAAAUUAUAAUGACAAUCCAAUUAAAAGACCAACAUUAAUUAUAAAUGAAAGAUGUGUUAAAAAUGUGUUAAAUGGUUAUCCAUGGUUAUAUUCAAAAGAUGUGAAAAAUGCUGAAGAUUUAUUUUUGUAUAGCCCAUGCUUAGUAAAUAUAAAAGAUGAACAUAAUGAAAAUAUAGGAAUAGGGAUAUACAAUAAAAAUUCUGUUAUAUCAUCACGUAUUUUGAGUAGAAAUAUAAAUGAUUGUAUAAAUGAAGACUUUUUUAAUAAUAGAAUAAAGAGAGCAUAUCAGAAAAGAUUAGAGUUAUUUAAUAAUGAUAAUUAUUUUAGAGUUGUUAAUGCUGAAAGUGAUUUAUUACCAGGUAUUAUCAUUGAUAAAUAUAACAAAUUGAUAUGCGUUCAAAUUAAUGCAAGUGGAAUGGAUAUAUUAUUAAAUAUUAUAUUGAAGAGUAUAGAAAAUGUAUUAAACCCUAACAUAAUUAUUUUAAAAAAUGAUAGUCAAAUAAGAAAACUAGAAAAAUUACCUUUAAAAAAAGAAGUAUAUAAAGGGUUAUAUAAAUCACCAAUAGAAAUUAGAGAAAAUGGGGUAACUUUUUUUGUUGAUAUAUUGAAAGGACAAAAAACAGGGUGGUAUUAUGAUCAGAGAUAUAAUCGAUCGAUGCUAAUUCCCUUUUGUAAGAAUAAAAAUGUUUUAGAUUUAUUUUCUUAUGUUGGUUCUUUUGGUAUUACGUUAGCUUACUAUGGAGCUAAAGAAGUAACAUGUGUUGAUUCAUCUUAUCUAGCGAUUAAAAAUGGAAUAAAAUCAGCUCACUAUAAUAAUGUUUUAGAUAAAAUAAAUUUUGUUCAUUCAUGUGUUAAGAAUUUUCUUAAUAUAAGUUUAAAUGCACAAAUUACAAAUACUCACGACAAAACAACUUUAAAAAAUAAUGAUAAGUUUAUCUUACUUACAUCCAAAAAAAAUGGUGAAAUGAAAUAUAAUAAAAAUGAUUUUAUUUCAUUAAACAUAAAAGAAGAAGAAGAAAAAAAAUCUUUUAAAAUUGAUGAGGACAACUCAGAAACAACGAACCUAAAUGAUGAUAAAUGUAAGCAAAAAGAAGAUAUCUUUUCAGAUAUUCAAAACAUAUUCAUUUACCAAAUGAAUAAGAAUAAUAAACAUAUAGAAGAUAUAGAAGAUAUAGAAAAAUUAUUAAUUAAAAACAAUAACUUAGAAUUUUUCAAAAAAAAAUAUGAUGUUAUAUUAAUAGAUCCUCCUCCCUUAGCACGUAACAAUUAUUUAUUACCAUCUGCAUUAAAAAUUUACCAAAAACUUUUGUUUAUAUCGUUUAAAAUAAUACAGAAGCCGGGUUAUGUAUUUGUAUCAAGUUGUAAUAAAUUAAUUGGUUAUAAUGAAUUAAAUUUAUGCAUAAGAAAAUCAUUAAAUUGGUCUAAAUGCGAUGGUAUAGUAAUAGGUGAAGGAAGAAUUAGUUCUGAUCAUCCAAUUCAUGUUUCUUUACCAGAAACAAAAUAUUUAACUUCUAUUCUUUUAAUGAUUACUUAA